AUGGAUGGUUUAAUCAAGAAAGAAGGAAAUAUUGGUGUUUAUUAUCCUGAUACUUAUGAUGAUAACUCUAUUCAUGGCAUUCGGGCAGUCUGCCAAAAACCAGAGUGUCAACAAAAGGAAAAAGAAUUAUACGAAGCCGAGGAGAGGAAAUUUAACGAUAAGAUAAAUAAAGACAAAGGGCAAAAAGAAAGUUACAAAAACACUAAAAAGCAAGCCGAAGAGAAAUUAAAUAAUCUUCAACAGCAAAGAAUUAACCAAACUUUUACUUGUCGUGGUACUUGCGGUAAAUUUAUUGGUUUAAAUGAAAAAGCUUAUACGUGA